CGGACUCAGAAUCGCCAGACCGUAAUCCCUGCCAGCUUUUCAGUGUGUUUCUGGAGCAGUUCGCGAGCGGCGGUGUUUUAGUGCUGUGUGCGUUGUUGAGUGGCUUAAAGUGCUGGCUUGUUUAGAGGUUUAAAAACAAUUUUCGACCCGAGAGAUGUGCUUUUAGUUUAGAGGUCUCCGAAAACUUAAAAGCAUUCCGCUGCAUCGAAACUUUAAUUGCAUUGCUCCAUAUACAUAUGUAUAUAUUUUUGCGCGACACGCGGGGGGCGUGGUAUGUCGACGGCGGACAAUGAACUCGCCCACGCCGAAAGGACAAUAACUUGAGACUGGAUUGGACUGGAAUCCCGGCCAGCAGAUAGCAACAGAAGGAGGACCAGAAGGAGCAGGGCAGCAGCAGCAUGAGUUCGCCUUUUUGGAGCGAUAGCGAUGCCAGUGUCGGAAUCGCAGCGGCCCCAGCAGCAGAAUCAACAUAACUCCACUGUCCCUGCCCCUGAUAAGUUUUGAUAAGUUGGCCAGUUGGCAAUAACCGGACGAAAUGGGCAGUCUGCCGAAUCUUCACGAGCUGGAGGAGGCGGAGCGCAAGCGGGAGAAGCGGCGCGAGUACGAACUUUUGCUGGAGCAGCGUGCCCGGGACACAAGUCGCGAGCGGGAGCGACUGUCCGCCUUUGCCCAGCAGCGUAAGCAAUCCUCGUAUAAUGCCUACAUAAUGGCCGGUCUGGGGAUUGGCGGAGGAUCCUUGAGCCCUAAUGCCGCCGGAGGAACAGGAACUGGGACAGCCGGAACCGUCGGAACCACCGGAAACGGCGAGCUGCCCAGUGGCAAUGGAACGAAUGCCGGCAAAUCGCAGAACCAGGCGCUGGGCACAGGAUCUGGUUUGGCCACCACUUCGGGUGCUCCAGUGGCCACCACCACCGGUGGCUUCGCGUUGCUGGGGAUGGGGAUGAGCAAGAAGUAUGCACCACAACAACAGCAUUCGCACCACCAUCAGCAUCAGCACCAUCAGCACCACCAGCACCGCCAUUCGCUGACCACCAGGCAUCGAGUGCUCCGGACCCGCAGCUCUGGCGGAGCUCAGAACGUCUGGGAUGAGCAGAUGAUGGAGCAGCACUUGACCACAUACUCGCCGUCGCCCAUUUCGACCCGCUCGCAUCGGAUCAAUCCCGUGUCCUCGUACCAGGUGCAGGCCGCUCUGGCGGCCUCGCGUCGUCGGGAGUCCAUAAACAGCUCCAUUGGGGCCACCUCCAUCCGGCGGCUGAUAACGCUGAACAACCGGAACUGCCGGCACAAGGUGCCCGCGCAUGUGCGCCAGAGGGUGUGGCGCCAGUUCAGCUGCCUGAGUCUGGCCCACGGCCUGAUGAACUGCGUCCUGCUGCCGGUGAUGGCGCUGCAGGGCUCGAAUGCGGUGUGGCACCAUCGGGAGCAGUGGCUGCCCCUCGGGCCGGAGAUCGGGUCGUUGCUGCUGAGUGCCCUUUUCCUGGUGGCCGCCGGCAUGAGCCUGCCCAGCAUUCGGCUGAUGAAACGCUAUGGCUAUGGAUAUCUGAUGGUGGCCAACUACCUGGCAGUGGUGCUCUUCCUCCUGUCCCAUCUGUACGCCUCCAUUUACACCCUGCUGCCGGCCUACUUGCUGCUCGGCGUGACCUUGGGCGGAUCGGCUGGCUCCAAGGCGACCCUGAUUGUCCACUUUGGCGGUCGGCUAAGCUGCUCCUGCGAGUCCCAGUCGCAGUCCCAGUCGCAGGCAGUGGACGUGCUGCAGGAGGAGCACAAGAUGUUCUGCAAUCGGGACCAGAAGGUGCGACGCCUGGCCAGGUGGUUCCGGGUGGCCCAGGAUCUGGGACUGAUUGGCGGAGCCCUGCUGGCCUCCAUUUUGCUGGCCUGCAGCGAUGGCGACUUCACGGGCGAUUGCUCGGGACUGGUUUACUAUGGCAACGAAAGCUGGCCGCCGCAACUGAGGGACUUCUACAACCGGAACGAGCAUGGUGACCGGAUCUGCGGGGCGGACAUGUGUCCCUUGCGGGUGCAGUCGCUCCUGGCCGCAGGCUGGGCCAAUGGCAGCUCCAUACCCAGCUCGGUCUAUGCGGGCUUCAUCGAAAGUGAGCCCCGCGUGGCUGGGCAAUCCCUGCUCUGGCUCUAUGUCCUCUUCGCGCUGGCAUCCCUGAUCCUGUCCCUGACCAUAAUAGUGGACAAGGUCCAGGCGACGGCUUCGUCAGCGCGUCCGGAACGCUCGAGGGACGUGAGCAUCACGGACACCCUGCUCUUCGCCGGUCCACUGGCCUACUUUGUGGGCACGGAGCAGGCCUACAUGUUGGGCGACUUCCUGCGGGCCUUCGUGACCUGCUCCUUGGGCAUUGGCAUGAUUGCCGGCGCUCUGAUUGGCAUGGGUCUGAUGCAGCUCAUCGUAUCCUGCACGCUGAGCAUGCUUCUCCGGCAUGUGAAAAGGAUCGUCGUUAUCUUGGCCGGUUUCUUCUUCCACUCCUGCUUGCUGUUGGCCCUGUCCAGCUGGAAGCCAUCGAGUGACGACAGUGCCCUGUUCUACGUGAUCGCCGCUUCGUGGGGCGCUUGCAACGGGAUGUGGGAGACGCUCCUGCUCUCGCUGGUCACCCUCAACCAUGCCGCCCAUGUGCCCGAGGUGCAGGCUCCGCUGCAGGCCCUCCGGUUCCUCGGCCUGGGACUUACCUUCGCCGGACACGGCUUCCUCUGCGAGUCGCUGAAGAUCAUUGCCCUGGUGGUGCUCCUGGUGAUCAGCGUGCCCCCGUAUGCCACCCUGGAGAUCCGACUGGAGGCACAGCGCAAGGCAACGCUCGUCAGCUUAUGACGCAGCAUCUUCAGCUAGUCCCGACGAAUGCGACGGGAUAUCGUGGCCCGGACGCACACCAUGUGACAUGUUCCGGAUACGGACACCGAUACGGGUGUGGGUGCUGGUACUGGUACUGGUACCGGUACUGGAACGGACACGGACACGGAACCGAAUCCGCGGCCAGAUCUCCUCCAAUCGCAAGCCGUCAGUAUUGAACGAGAGACACAAGUCAAUCGACGACGCAAGCUACACUUCAGUAUUUCCAAGUUCUGCGGUCAGAAGUCGAGGGCUAUGGGUUAUAGGGAUACGGCUUAGGCUAACUUUCAGUUAAGCUCCUGUUAAGGGAAACUUAACUUAAAGCUAUGUAUGGUGGGAACAUAGAGAUCUAGAAACUUUGGGGUACGGUGAGGUACAGCUAACCUCCAGUUAUGCAUGUGAAGAGCCAAAGGAAUUUAGGAACUCUUGCCCAGAAUGCCAAUCCUAUAACCCUUGAAAAUCCCAUUGCCUCCCGACUUCCGAUCUGCU